AAUUUGCGUUACUUCAGCAAGUAAACAGAAGCUCAAAGCCCAAAAACCCUUGUAAGUUGUAACAGUGACCAUCGGUCUUCCCUCGUUGUCACUCCGGGGCUCAAAAACAAAACAAAGGGUCAAUAGGCUGUUGCCUGUAGCUGCUGGCAAUGGCAUCAAAUGUGAGAGCAAAUAUGGGUAUCCUUUCCAAAGCCCUAACGAGACUCCGCCCCACUGGGGCCUUGUAUUCCCUUCCCAACCAAUCCCUCCCCCCGCCAAAGCAUUGGGUACCAUCUUCUUCCUUCUCCACCGCUGCUGCUGUUGCUUCAUCCCAAUCUCUUCAUGAUAAAGAGAAAGGAUCAAAAUGGUCAAGAUGGUUUCUUUUCCUUCCUGGAGCUAUCACUUUCGGCCUUGGAACUUGGCAGAUUUUCAGAAGGCAAGACAAGAUAGAGAUGCUGGAUUACAGACAGAAGAGGUUGCAAAUGGAACCUUUGAAACUAAAUGACAUGCCUCCUUCAAGUGAAAUAUUGGACACUUUAGAGUUUAGGCGAGUCGUAUGCAAAGGAGUUUUUGAUUAUGAAAGAUCAAUCUACAUUGGGCCUCGCUCUAGAAGCAUUUCUGGAGUGACUGAAAAUGGCUACUAUGUCAUUACACCCCUAAUGCCCAUCCCUGACGAUGCUGAUAGUGUGCAGUCUCCAGUUCUUGUAAAUAGAGGAUGGGUCCCACGCAGCUGGAGAGACAAAUCUUUUGAAGUUUCACAAGACAGAGAGAAAUCUUCAAGUACAGAUGUUGUUCCUGUCCAACAGAAUGAACGAAGCUGGUGGGGAAUGUUUCAAUCUAAGAAGCAAAAAGCUGUUGAGGCUCAAGCCCCUGCUAUUACUUAUGUGGAAGUUAUUGGAGUUGUCCGGGGGAGUGAGAAACCAAGUGUAUUUGUUCCACCAAAUGAUCCAAAUUCGGGACAGUGGUUUUAUGUUGAUGUUCCUGCAAUUGCUGUUGCUUGUGGGCUUCCAAAGGAUACUCUUUUAAUUGAGGACAUCAAUGAAAAUGUUAAUCCAAGCAACCCUUACCCUGUUCCAAAGGAUAUCAAUGCCUUGAUUCGCAGUUCAGUAAUGCCUCAAGAUCAUCUAAAUUAUACAUUGACAUGGUACUCUUUGUCUGCUGCUGUUACAUUUAUGGCUUUCAAGAGGCUCAAGCCAAAAAACAGUAGGAGAUAGCAAGCAUUACUCUAAAAGGUUUGCAGUGAAGACCUUGGACAAGCAAACAAGCAUGGAAUCUUUGAGAGACACUGCUGAUUUCUAACCAGAACACAUAAUACGGGCGGAGUUGCGGAAGAUAUAGCUGAAAAGGCUAUUCCAAUUGCACCACCAGGCUUUUGAUCUAUGGAAAGAAACAGAUGAGUGUUUUGGCUUUAAAUUUAAAAGAAGGGGGGAAAACCCUUGUUGUGCACUUUAAGUUUGAUAUUUUUCAAGUCUAGCAAACAAAGAAAAAUGAAAGGGAAAAAAUAAGAGGAAGAGGGAUGAUUGAUUUGUGAGGGGAUGGAACUUACGGGUUUUCAUCUACUGUGUUUAGUUAGGAUUCUCUACCAUUGAGAAUGUGUUGUUUAUAACAUAAAUGGGGAACUUAGUGGAUCCCGUACGUAUAUUCAUUAAGCUGUAGAUUA